CACCUGGGAAGCGUACAAUCUGAUAGGUGAGACAGACAAUAAAAAAUAAUUUCGGAUUGUGGUAAGAGCUAUAAAAAGUAAAGGAUGGCAUUACAGAGUAUAACUGGGGAAGGGCCAGGGAAGGGUGUUUUGAGAAGGUGACAUCUGAGGCAAGAAGAGAGUGAGGAGGAACCCAGCCUGUGAAAAUCUGAGUUCUUCAUUCCAGGCAGAGAGAAGAGCAAGUGUCAAGGGCAUGAGGCAGGAAUGAACUCAGUGUGUUUGAGGACCAGAGAGAAGACCUGUGUGGCUGGAGAAUAGUAAGUGCGGGGGGCGGGGGUCAACAACAAUCAGAGCAAGGUCUAAUGAUUGCUUCCACUUCCUGGGGGGUGCUUCUGGCCCCUGCUCCCCAUCUUUUCAGACUCUUUUGCUGGGGAAGGUGGAUCCUUAGGUCCCUUGAGAGGAGUGAAGAUGCUGAAGAACCAGCCAGGGUCCUAGGGAUGGAGGGUGACUGAAGAUGGGGUUGGGAGAGAUGAAGCCUGGAUAGUAACUGAGGAAUGAAGAGAGCAGGUGAUUGAAAGGACAGACAUCUGGGCUCUGGGGUGGAGGGCGCGAGCUGGGCAAGGAGCAAAGAUGCCGCGUGAGUCUUCUCCAUUCAUGACUCACCCUCCCUUCCUCCUCUUCUCAUUGCUCAACCCCAGAUCUCCCUGGGAAAUACCUCUCUGACUGGGGACUAAGUACCUCACAGGGUAAUUGAGUCAUGAGGGGUGGAGAAGAGCAAAGGAGGCAGAGGAUAAAUAGCAGCUUUGCCUCCCUGGCUCUUCUCUGCAUCCUCCCCGCUUGCCCAACAAUAUGCAUCUUGCCAGUUUGCUCAGCUCCUGCUCCCUCCUGCUGCUACUGGGGGCCCUGCCUGGAUGGGCGGCCAACAAUGACCCCAUUGAGAAGGUCAUUGAAGGGAUCAACCGAGGGCUGAGCAACGCAGAGAGAGAGGUGGGCAAGGCCCUGGAAGGCAUCAACAAUGGAAUCACUCAAGCUGGAAGGGAAGUGGAGAAAGUUUUUAAUGGACUCAGCAGCGUGGGGAACCAGGCCGGCAAGGAGCUGGACAAGGGCAUCCAGGGGCUCAACCACGGCUUGGACAAGGUAGCCCAUGGAAUCAACAAUGGCAUCGGACACACAGGAAAGGAAGCAGAGAAGCUUGCUCAUGGGGCCAACCAUGCUGCUGGACAGGUUGGGAAGGAGGCAGACAAAGUGAUUCAGGGGGUCCAUCAUGGGGUCAACCAGGCGGGAAGUGAUGCAGGGAGGUUUGGCCAGGGGGCCCACCAUGCUGCCGGGCAGGCUGGGAGCGAGGCAGAAAAGUUUGGCCAGGGGGCCCACCAUGUUGCUGGGCAGGCUGGGAAAGAGGCAGAGAAGUUUGGUCAGGGGGUCCACCAUGCUGCUGGGCAGGCUGGGAAAGAGGCAGAGAAGUUUGGUCAGGGGGCCCACCAUGCUGCUGGGCAGUUUGGGAAUGAGGCAGAGAAGUUUGGCCAGGGGGUCCACCAUGCUGCUGGGCAGGCUGGGAAAGAGGCAGAGAAGUUUGGUCAGGGGGUCCACCAUGCUGCUGGGCAGUUUGGGAAUGAGGCAGAGAAGUUUGGCCAGGGGGUCCACCAUGCUGCUGGGCAGGCUGGGAACGAGGCAGAGAAGUUUGGCCAGGGGGUCCACCAUGCUGCUGGGCAGGCUGGGAAAGAGGGAGAAAAAAUAGUCCAGGGGGUUCAUCAUGGAGUGAAUCAGGCUGGGAAGGAGGCAGAAAAGUUUGGUCAGGGGGUCCACCAUGCUGCUGGGCAGUUUGGGAAUGAAGCAGAGAAGUUUGGUCAAGGAGUCCACCAUGCUGCCGGGCAGGCUGGGAAAGAGGGAGAAAAAAUAGUCCAGGGGGUUCAUCAUGGAGUGAAUCAGGCUGGGAAGGAGGCAGAAAAGUUUGGCCAGGGGGUCCACCAUGCUGCUGGGCAGUUUGGGAAUGAAGCAGAGAAGUUUGGUCAAGGAGUCCACCAUGCUGCCGGGCAGGCUGGGAAAGAGGGAGAAAAAAUAGUCCAGGGGGUCCAUCAUGGAGUGAAUCAGGCUGGGAAGGAGGCAGAGAAGUUUGGCAAGGAUGUUCAUUAUGCUGCCGGGAAGGCUGGGAAAGAGGGAGAAAAAAUAGUCCAGGGGGUCCAACAUGGAGUGAAUCAGGCUGGGAAGGAGGCAGAAAAGUUUGGUCAGGGAGUCCACCAUGCCGUUGAACAGGCUGGAAAGGAGGCGGGUAAAGUGGCUCAAGGGGUCCAUGAUGGGGUCAACCAGGCCGGCAAGGAGGCAGAGAAAUUGGGCCAUGGGGUCAACCACGCUGCUGGCCAGGCUGCAAAGGAAGCGGAGAAACUUGGCCAAGGUGUCCACCAUGCUGCAGGCCAGGCCGGGAAGGAGGAGGACAGGUUGCAGCAGAAUGUUCAUAAUGGGGUCAACCAAGCCGGCAAGGAGGCCAACCAGCUGCUGAAUAACGGUCAACCAGGCGGAUCCACCGCCCAGCACGGAGGGGCCGCAACCACAACCUUAACAUCUGGAGCUUCGGUCAACAAGCCCUUCAUGGCCUUGUCAGUCCUGUGGAAGAGCAUCACCAGCAUCAUUCCCUAAGCUGAUGAUGAACUGACCUGGUUGAAGAGACUGACAUUCCUAUUGUCAUAUCCGCUGAAGUGACCUGAAGGAGCUGGGGCCCGCAGGGCGGGG